AUGAAACAAUUAAAACCAUUAGUUGAUGUAAUAAAUAAAUGGGUAAAAGAAAAGAAGAUUGUGGGUGGACAUACGUACAAAGUUGACAUAGUCUUUGUCAGUGAUUACAAGUGUUUCACUGAGUUGCAAGGUCUAGAAGAAGUGUUCAAUCCAAAGGUGGCAAUCGACAUUUGGAGUCUCUUAAGAGACUACAGUUCAAAUGUAGAGGUUGGCGAUGUCAAGUUCAAACUUGAACCUCCAGGUAGUAAGAUAGUUGGUCACGAUGAACAUAUGAUGCCAGUCUUUUCACCGAAAGCAUUGAAGGAUCUUGGUGGAGAAGUCAAUGGUAAGCUAUAUGGCCAAGUGCAACCUCCUGUUUUCGAAGGUGAUUCAGAGAUACAGUAUCCUUGCUUUCUCGUCUUAGUUUAUCAAGACCAAGAAAAACCAACUACAUCUACUCCCACAUUCUCUAUCUGUUACUCUUGCUCUAACUGCUACACCUGUAUCAAACUCUUCUUCAAAUGCUUCAGACCUGACUUAACACCUGCAGUAUUGCCCAACUCGACAAGUUCUAACACUACUCAACCUAUGGUAGCUAAACAAAAAAGAGUUAGAACAUCUACACAUGGAUUACCUGCCAAUUUACAAACAAACUUGCCAAAUGUUACUUACAAUGAUGAUUGUACUGAUACUAUACCACAUGAAAAGCAAUGCUCAUCUAACCAAGUUUUAGAAAUUUAUACAUCUGAUAGUAAUAAUUCAACAAGUUCAUUUUCAAAAAAUUCUACCAAUAAACGUAAACGAUAA